UUACUUCCUGUUAUAGGCGGCGCUGUAUUUCAAGAUGGAUGCCACCAUGGAACAGUUGAAAUCUUUCGCUGAUGAUGACAGUACAACAGCGGAGAUUAUUACUUGUCUGGAGAAAUGUGGUUGUUGUCCAAGAUGCAUAUAUAGAUUUCUAGGAGAAAAGAGUGCAUCAAGCUACAAGUUUUACCCAGAGACAAUUAAAGAAACCUUAAAUGAUAUGAAGAAAAAAUCAUCUGCCAAACCAGGCACAGAAAGCUGCAUCCAAACAGAUGUUGAUAUGAGUCUGGGUGAUGGUCAGCCUUGUCCAGCAUGUCUGGGUAUACUACAGCACCAUCUGGAUAGACCGUUCUUAGCAAAGAUAAAAGAAUAUGUGACUGAGGCUGAGUAUGAGUUUAAAAGUUUCCUGUGCUCCUUGACAGUACCUGUGUGUGUCCUCAUACGAGAGAGAGCCAUUUUAGUACACUUGCGAGACAAAUUUAAGUCGGUGUAUGAGAGUGUUACGGAGUCUGACAUUGCUCGGGUCAAGGACGUCUGGAAGUGGACAGCUGGACCUUUGUUAGGGGAUUCCUUAGGUGUAGCAUUCGAUCAAAAGAGUAACUUUGAUAUUGCUAUCACAUUCAAUUAUCCAAGGACGUUUAAGGAGUGUGAAAUGUUCCUAGAUUACCAACCAGAAGUAUUUAAAAGAAGAAAGUUUAAGCGGGGCCAGGGAGAGCUGUUCAACAGGGCCAAUGUGGGCAAGGCACUGAAAGACAUGUCAGACCAAAAACUCAGAAGGUCAUUCCAGGUUCCCCCUACCAUACCUAAAGUAGCCUGUGAAUGUGAGACCAUCUGUUGUACCAGGGAACCUCUGUAUAUCGCUGGUAGAUAUAAUAAGUACAAUCGCUUACUCAGUCAGACGCCAUGGUUUGUGGACGGAGUUCGCAAGAGUGAAUCUUCCGUGGAGGAAAAAAUCUGUGAUCAUCUCAAGAAAUACUUCAAGCAUUCAGACUCCAAAUUCUCAGCAUCAGGGCGUGAAGAUGUGGAUGUCCUCAUGCUGGGUACAGGUCGGCCAUUUGUUGUGGAACUGUUGGAUCCUCACAAAGUUACUUUCUCCAAGACAGAGGUUUCUAAUAUACAAAAGGAGAUUAAUGCAGCUUCCUCCUAUGUACAAGUCAGAGACUUACAAAUCGUUACGAAAGAGGCCACUAGUAACCUGAAAGAAGGAGAAAUGGAGAAAACAAAGACUUACUCAGCUCUCUGUUGGAGUGCUGCUGUGAUGCCCCCAGAGAAACUGAAAGAAAUAAGUGCAAUGAAAAAUGUCGUGUUACAACAGAAAACACCAAUCCGAGUCCUUCACAGGCGUCCAUUGGCAACAAGGGAGAGAACUGUGUACACAAUGUCUGCAGAGCGGAUCGAUGACGAACACUUCAAACUCAACCUUGAAACACAAGCGGGAACAUAUAUAAAAGAGUUUGUUCAUGGUGAUUUUGGCCGCACCACCCCGAACAUGAACACAUUGACAGGAAUGGAGUGUGAUAUCCUACAGCUCGAUGUUCUAUCUGUUUUACUGGACUGGCCUAAACCUAUUGAAGACAGUUGAUUAUAUGGUUUUUAGAAGAGGAUGUUUAAACUGAUGUGGCCACCAAAAUCUGUACAUUUGUGAUGAACUGAAACAUUUGCUGUGGAAACAGUAUUAUGGUGUUACUGGAUACUGAGAGAAUUUGCAGCAUACAAUUAAAACUACAACAAAACCAGUGUUA